UUGCUUAUAAGUUAAAUCAUUCUUCCACUUUUCCAGAAGAACUCCUCUUCUGAUUUCUUCUCCAAGUAUGUCUUCCUUCUCAAGUCACUAAGAAAAGCUUAUCUUCUAACACUUUGGUCUCCCUUAAAGCUUACCAAUUUUAGCUAUAUCUCUUCUUACUUAGUUUUCAUCUUUUCUUCUUUUACUUAAAUGUUUAAAAUAUGUUGGAUUCAUGAGCAUUUAAACACUAAUAGCGAUAGUUCUGUGGAAAUCCUUCGUAGGACCACUCCUUCUAAUUGUAGUCGUUAGAGGAAUUCUCGAAUGGAGCUUUCUAUUGUGGGAAAUGAUCUAGGACACUUAGGGCCUGUUUGGGAUAGCGUUUAUUGCAUCAAACGCGCGUCGCGUUCACCGAAACGCCGUUCCGAAACUUUCCGUCCCCGUUUGGAUGAGCGUUUGCAGCAACGCAAAAACGCUAAAAUUCACCAAAACGGUGUUCUACUGGAAUCGAUAAUUUGGAGCGUUGGGCGUUGGAGCGUUCGACCGUUGAAAGGAAGGCAUAAAUUUGAUUUUUGCCCAUGGUACCUUCCCUGACUUUGUUCAGUUUGCCCAUGUCGUGCUCGAUCCUGGUUUGAAAUCGCAUCCGUGCUCGAUCCCGGUCUCUGGAACUUGCCUCCAUGCUCGAUCUCGAUCUGGAUCUGGAAAUCGCACGUUCUGAGGCAAUAAAAUGGGUUUUCAUAGAGAACCGCAACCCAGAUUGUUUUGACCCCCCUUUGCUGCAAAUAUUAGAUGUGGUCCAGUUUCUAUGUUUCAGAAAGAAUAGUUGAUCAAAUUCGCUGCCAUGUUGGAGGAAGUGAGCUUGGCAAUCCAAAGGCAGAGCUGAAGACACAUUCAACCACUUGUAGCACUGGUUCCACACUUUUGCUGCAAAAUCACAAUUAAGGGAGCAAAGCCUCUCCAAAGGUCAGGACAUUUGAGGGAGCAAAGACUCUCCAAAGUUGAUCAAAGGCAGGUAAAACUUCUUCAGAAUUCAAUCCCUGCAGUAGCAAGAAGCCUCUGGUAUAGUCGGUUAGUUGAGUCUAAAAGCACCUCUGGUAUAGGGAAAAUUGAAUUUAUAAUUUGAGGUCCAAAGAGUUUUUUUUUUUCUUUUUUCAACCAGAGAGUUCUUUUCAUUUUGCACACUUUCUUUAAAAAUUAUAGAAUAAUAGAAACCACAAUUGUUUAUAUAUAAUGCUUCUUAUAAUCUGUUCACGUUUUAAAUUUACUUCCCUUUAUUUAUUACUUGUUCUGCUUAUUACUCCUUGGGCAUGGAAUUUCAGAUAUGGAAUUACCAACUCUCUUAAAGGCAAGUAAAUGCAAGUAGGUGCAUCAAACAUUGGUUCAGACCUUGAAUUGAAUUUUUGCUUUCUAAUCCUUACCUCACUCACCAACUCAUCUUAUAUGCAUCUGAUAGAGAAUUAAAGUGGAUGUUGAGGACUUGAAGAGUGUUUGAAGAGGGUUCUCUUUGUAAUCCAUCUUCUUGGUUCAAUCUUGCAAGCUAUUAGGUUUGUAAUUAUUCUACUCUUGCUAUUGUUUAUUCUUGCUUAAAUGACUGUGCUAUUCAAUAUUCAUGUGUGUAAGGUGAAAAACUGGGUCUUGGUCUCUUUUAAUGUUCCAAAAUCAAAACUGAGUCUUGAUCUGAAAAACUGUGUAAUUUUCUAUUCAAUAUUUUCUUUUUGACAUGCUGAUCUGAAAUCCCAUGCUCAAUCUACUGACAUUAGAAAAACUGCAUAUUGACUAGAUUUUAGGUCCCUAUUUAUGCUAAAGUUUGUAUGUUUGUGAUGUUAGUAACUUGGUAUUUUUUCUCUUGCUUGUAAUAGAAAUGUGUUGUUCUUUUUCUUGCUAAUAAUUGCUAAGUGUUCUAUAGAAUUUUGCAUGAUCUUUAGCACCUCUUUGCUACUGUUAUGAGUCUUCAACAACAAAAGAGAGAAAGCCAUUAUGGAUAACUCAAAGGCUACAUGGGAUUUUCAAGCAACUAAGUUGUAUGUCAAAUUAUGUUUGGCUGAACAUCAUAAAGGGGAACGUUUAGGAUCCAGCUUUACAAAGAAAGGGUGGAUAUCUAUUUUAACCAAAUUUAAUGCAUCAACUGGAAGAAAUUAUGAUAAGCCCAAGUUAAAAAACAAAUGGGAUAAUUUUAGAAGGGAGUGGCAAGCAUGGUACAAGUUAUUUGAAAAGGAAACAGGUUUGGGAUGGGAUAAGGCAAAGAAUACCGUAGAUGCUCCAGAUGAAUGGUGGGAGAAAAAGCAAUUGGAAAAUCCACUAUAUGGAAAAUACCGAGAGAAAGGACUUUCUUUUGGUGAAGAACUAACUAUUAUGUUUAAGGAUGUGGUGGCUACGGGAAAGUCUGCAUGGGCACCUACUUCUGGGAUAUUACCUAAUGACCUAAGCCAAAAUGAUGAUGUUUAUCGUCCAUGCUUAGAGAGUGAUGAAGAAGAUAGAGAGGAAGGAUCCGGAGAUAGUGAAGAACUUAUUUAUGGUAGCACUGUACCAAGUGUUGGAGUAAGCAAUGAAUUCCAAAAUAUAAAUUUUAAGUACUUCCCAAGGAAAUAAUAGUGAAACUAGCACUGGGAAGAGGAAAAGGGUUGAGACUAGUGCAAAAAAUCAAAACAAGAAAAAGACAAAAGAGCCUGCCUCAAAACAAAUAGCUGAUGCAAUAACUAAGAUAGUGGAUGCAUCUGAGUCACGCACCACUGCUAUAAACACACUUGUAGCUCCCGGUUCAUCUAUUGGUGAAGUUAUGGCUGAGAUUCAACAAAUGGAGGCUAUUACAAGUGAUCCUGAAUUGCAUUCUAGAUGUUGUCAGCUCAUGAUGAUAAAGGAUGCAAGGAUUAUGUUUGCAUCCUUGAAAGGAUAUGAUAAAAACUUGUUGGAUUGGCUUAAGUAUGCAGCUUAUAACCCAUUUCCUAGUCGUGGGUGAUGUGUAUUGUGUUAUGUACUAGUACUGCUUCUACAAAAUUAAGCAUAUGAAUGUAGUAUAACCUUAAUGGUUUGUUUGUUAUGAAUUUAGAGCUUUGAAAACUUAAAUGUUGUUUUGUCUUGUAUUUGAAGAAGCAAAUGAAUGAAAUAUAUUUUUCUUUAUGCAUGCAA